CGAGGGUGAUGCGGGUGACCAGAGGGAGGCUAGGGAAGCCCUCUUGCCGGACGGCGCGGGGUUUGGUUCGGCGGGACGGGAGAUUUGGGGAAGUUUGUCCAGCGCGGGAUGGGUGACGUAACAGGGGGCGGGUCCCGGGCGUAUAAAUACAGGCUGGCGGCUCUGGGCUUCAUUCAUAAGACUGAGAGCUACCGCGACGGGAAGGACACGCGGAGCUGGGACUCGGAGACUUGAUUGUUGUGGUUCUUCUUCUAGGGGGGGUGGGCUGUGAAGUUCGGUUUAUUAUUUUUUUUUUCCGGAGAGAAAGUUUUUGGAAGGAUUCUUCUAGAUAAUUCUACAUUUUAUUUUGGAGGACCGACUUAACUUUUUUCGUCUUCUUUAUUACUCCCCUCCCCCCGUGGGACCCGCCGGACGCGUGGAGGAGACCGCACCCGAAGCAGAUUCUGCACAGCAGGACAGCGCUUUCCGCCUCUGGGGGAGCGAUCCCCCGGACACCCCUGGGAUCUACGGAGCCUGGACUUUCGGGAGGCACAGCGGCAUCUUGUGGGGGCCUGGCCACCGCAGAGGAAUUGCACAGAAACUUUGCCAUUGUUGGAGCGGGACGCUGCCCUCAUCCCGAGUUUCCCCGGACAGCGCACGUUGGGGACGCGCUUGGGUCACCCCGGACUCGCACCUUUCUUCUUCCACCCGGCCAUAGCCUUGGCUUCCCGACGGCCUCAGCGUGGUCACAGGGGCCCCCCUGUGCCCAGGGAAAUGUUUCAAGCUUUCCCCGGAGACUACGACUCCGGCUCCCGGUGCAGCUCCUCACCCUCCGCCGAGUCUCAGUAUCUGUCUUCGGUGGACUCCUUCGGCAGUCCACCCACCGCCGCCGCCUCCCAGGAGUGCGCCGGUCUCGGGGAAAUGCCCGGUUCCUUCGUGCCCACGGUCACCGCGAUCACAACCAGCCAGGACCUCCAGUGGCUCGUGCAACCCACCCUCAUCUCUUCCAUGGCCCAGUCCCAGGGGCAGCCACUGGCCUCCCAGCCCCCGGCCGUCGACCCCUACGACAUGCCAGGAACCAGUUACUCCACGCCGGGCAUGAGUGGCUACAGCAGUGGCGGAGCUGGUGGCAGUGGUGGGCCUUCUACCAGCGGAACCACCAGUGGACCUGGGCCUUCCCGCCCUGCCCGAGCCCGGCCUAGGAGACCUCGAGAAGAGACGCUGACCCCGGAGGAGGAGGAGAAACGAAGGGUUCGCCGGGAACGAAACAAGCUGGCGGCAGCUAAGUGUAGGAACCGUCGGAGGGAGCUGACUGACCGGCUCCAGGCGGAGACAGAUCAGUUGGAGGAAGAAAAGGCGGAGCUGGAGUCGGAGAUCGCCGAGCUCCAAAAGGAGAAGGAGCGUCUGGAGUUUGUGCUGGUGGCCCACAAACCGGGCUGCAAGAUCCCCUACGAAGAGGGGCCCGGGCCGGGCCCGCUGCCGGAGGUGAGAGGUUUGCCGGGGUCAGCAUCCACUAAGGAAGAUGGUUUCAGCUGGCUGCUGCCGCCCCCGCCACCACCGCCCCUGCCCUUCCAGACCAGCCAGGACGCACCCCCCAACCUGACAGCUUCUCUCUUUACACACAGUGAAGUUCAAGUCCUCGGCGACCCCUUCCCCGUUGUUAACCCUUCGUACACUUCCUCGUUUGUCCUCACCUGCCCGGAGGUCUCCGCGUUCGCCGGCGCCCAACGCACCAGCGGCAGCGACCAGCCUUGCGACCCCCUGAACUCGCCCUCCCUUCUCGCUCUGUGAACUCUUUAGACACAAAACUAACAAACACACAAAGGAGAGAGAUUUGGAAGAGGAGAAGGAGGAGAGAGAGGGGAAGUGACAAAGCAGGCGCCCGGCCUCCCUGCCUCUCCUGUCUGACUCUCUGCCGCCGCUGCCAUCGGACAGGAGGACCCCCUUGUGUUUUGUGCCGCCUCUUGUUUCUGUGGCCCGGCGAGGCCAGAGAGCUGGUGACUUUGGGGGCGGGGGGGUGGGGAGGGGAUGGACCCCCCCAGCUGCCUGUUGGCUGUCUCACUUCAA